GGCGGCGGCGGGAGCAGGCGGGCUCAUAGGCGGCGCCGCAGCCCUAGCCGGUCCGGCUCAGCGGUCUGCGGGACCCGCGCUGCUCAGCUCCCAUAGUGCUCCGUUCCCGCACCGAGCGGCCAGUCGCGCGGACUCGUUCCGGAGAGUUUGCCCUAGAGCGCGGGCAAGUUUCUUCCCCAACCCGCUCUGCUAGAGUGGUACCUGCAACAGCUCCAGGGACGGAUGCCGAGGUUACUCUGUGGAAUGACCUCCAAGAGAUUAAGAAAACAUUAAAACUCCAUGGAGGAAUAGAGCUUUGCAGUCUUUGGAUUCAGACAUGAAGAGAGACACAGUGGUCUGAAGUGGUCAUGAAAGCCAAACAAGUCUUCUUUUCUGUCCUGCUGUUUGGGACAGCAGGGCUUCUGCUCUUCAUGUACUUGCAAGCAUGGAUUGAAGAACAUCAUACAGGGAAAAUAGAGAAGAAAAGAGAACAGAAAGGAGUAUCGGGUGUUCCCAGGAAAUAAUGUAUGGGAAGAGAAUCUACCACCCAGGAGUAGCCCCAGAUGACUACAGGAAAAAUCCAGAAACAGAUCACGAAUCAGAACUCUGAGGUUCACAUGCCUGAAGAUCUGAAGAAGAGAGGGGGAGAUCUGUUCAACCUAGAGAGUCCAACAAGGGUUUUAAGGAAGAACAGCCAUUCACAAAGGGAGAACAGAGUUUACAGAUCAACUGAAACACAUCGAGGAGCUAAAAUUGAAGUUUUUCAGAAACCCAUCCAGAUGGACUGGCCACUGGUCACUCAGCCCUUAAACAAAAGUUUGGUCCAAGGCAACAAAUGGAAGAAAGCAGAUGCAACCCAAGAGAAGCGUCGGUCAUUCCUUCAUGAGUUUUGCAAGAAAUAUGGUAGAGUAAAUGAUCCCAAGUCCAACCUUUUUCAUAUAGUAUCUAGGAUAUAUGUAGAAGACAAACACAAAAUCCUGUACUGUGAAGUACCAAAAGCUGGCUGCUCUAAUUGGAAAAGAAUUCUGAUGGUCCUAAAUGGAUUGGCUUCCUCUGCAUACAAUAUCUCCCAUGAUACUGUGCACUAUGGGAAGCAUCUGAAAACACUGGAUAGUUUUGACUUAAAAGGAGUACACAUGCGUUUGAAUACCUAUACCAAAGCUGUGUUUGUUAGAGAUCCCAUGGAAAGAUUAGUCUCCGCAUUUAGGGAUAAAUUUGAGCAUCCCAAUAGUUACUACCAUCCAGUGUUUGGAAAGGCAAUUAUCAAGAAAUAUCGACCAAAUGCCUCUGCAGAAGCAUUAAAUAAUGGCUCUGGAGUCAAAUUCAAAGAAUUCGCCUACUAUUUGCUGGAUGCUCACCGUCCAGUAGGAAUGGAUAUUCACUGGGAAAGAGUCAGCAAACUGUGUUAUCCGUGUUUGAUCAACUAUGACUUUGUAGGGAAGUUUGAGACAUUAGGAGAAGAUGCGAAUUACUUUCUACAGUUGAUUGGUGCUCCAAAAGAGUUGACAUUUCCAAACUUUAAGGAUAGACACUCCUCUGAUGAAAGAACCAAUGCCCACGUGGUAAGGCAGUAUUUAAAGGACCUGAGCACAGCCGAAAGACAGCUCAUCUACGACUUUUAUCACUUGGACUAUUUGAUGUUUAAUUACACAACUCCACAUUUGUAAUUUGCAUUCAUUUUCUAAAGCCCUACAUAGAUUUAAUGAUGAUGGCCUCAAAUCAGCUACUGUAAUUGUCCUACAAUUCUCUGUAUAGAGGAAAUUUAGCUAAGUGAAGUUGUCUUGAUUGAAUGAAGACUUUUUUUUUUAACCAAAGUGUAUGACAGCAAUUGGCACAAAGUUAUUGAAAAAUCAUCUCAAGGAGACAUGUAAACAACUUGAUGUGCUUUUAAAUGUUGGAAAAGAGCUGUUUUGGCAUUGUAGCUUAUACUGUGGAAGCAAUAACCUAGCCAGAUGUUACAUUAAACAAGAAAGCCUCUUGCAUGUAAAAUAAAAGGUCAAAAUAGUGAGAAUUGUGCAUUCAAAUCCUGGCAACAAUCAUCUGACAUGCAUGAAGCCAUGCUUAGCAGUUUGUGUCAUUUGCAGCAAAUGAUUGGAUGGUUUUCUUAUACCCGGAAUCUUCCUAUCCUCUGAUGAUAAAUCCAUUUUAAACAUUUGGGUAUAGGCAUUUUACUAUUGAUCUGGAGACAUUCUGUGAUUUACAAUAUGAGAACAGAGCAGACAAACAGAUGAAUCUGUGGCUUUUUA